AUGCAGUUUCUAAUGGAGGAUGUACGGCAGAGCAGCUACAGCUCUGCUGUGGAAGAUCACGCUGACUGUCAAGCUUCGUUAGCUAAGAGCAAGCAGCGGAAUUUGGCAGAAAUGGUCGACUCAAGUGCUAACUGGUUGCAGAACAGCAAAAAGAUGUGCAAACUUUUGCUAAGGCAUCAUGAUCCAGUCAUAUCACAUAACUUGCUGAGAUCUUUUCUGAUACCAUGUAAGCAACUAGAAAUAUUAAAGGCAGAAUGGGGCCAUCUCAAACUGAGGACUGAGGAUAUCAAUACAGUUCCUCUCUACAAAGAGUUUUGUGAGCAAUAUGGUGCAGAUAUCCUGUACCCAGCCAUGAAAGCCAUAGUCAGACAAGCGGGCACAGAGGAGGAGUUUGGAGAGCCCGUUAGAGCACUCGGCAUGUACUCCCCCCCAGAGGAGCAUCUUCAAAAGCUUCUGGAAAGCCUAGAAAUUCACAUGAUCCAUGAUGUGCAGAAGAAAAUUAACCAGGAGACGACUCUAGUGACAUCAGAAAGAGCCAGACAAGAGAGCAGUCUCCCUGCUGAGCUCUGGAAACACAGGGUAAUGCAAGAAAAUUUCUCAGUUGUACGACCACAGAUAGUUGAAAUAUUUGUUCAAAGGCUGAUGGAAAACUACCAAGAAUCAGAUACAGAGGUUACUUUUAAAAAAAGCCAUUUACAACAUUGUCUCACCAUACCGGGCUGUGACAUCUUUGCCAGAGAGCGCAGCAACUUUGAGACCUGCUCCAUGUUUUAUGAAAAUAUCCUGCGCCAACAGCACCGUCUACUUUACCAAAAAGAACAAGAGCUGCGCGCAGUGGAAGGAGGUGGCAACCAAAGCGAUGUGGCCCUGACACAGGUUGGUGAUGAGGGUCUAUCGAUUGGUAGUACUUAGUGGUCUCAUUUGGGACAGAGUCCCACUGUGCAGACACAUGGUGAUAGUCUUUGAGAAGAAAGGCAGGGUGGCUCUGGGGCUCUUGUUUCUGCACUCAAUGCCAGGAGUCGUGCCAGAAGGACUUGUAAAACAAAGAUAACCUGAAGGCAAAUGUAGCGGCCUGCUGUUCUGUGGUUCAUGUUCACAAUGGAUGACGUACUGGUAACUUUCUAACUUAAACUCCUACUGAUGGAUCUCUCCUCCUACACGACAUUCUCCCAUGGCAAUUCAACCAUUGAGAUAGGAAAUAGAAGUGCGUCAGGCAUGGAGGCCAUACUGCCAUGUAGGUACCAGCUAUGCUAUGUCGUGGCUGCAUAACCAACUCUUCUUAAGUUCUGAGUAUUUGACUUCGCAGCUUCCGCUGCGUUCUUUAGGAUAGCUGGUAUGUGUGGGUGGAAUUUUUUAAAGAAGUAAACCCAGCCAAUAAAUCAGAAAUGCCAUCUUGUGAAAUCAUGUGAUAUCCAUGUCAUCUAUCAGCUGACUUGAAGGCUUGGCACCAUCAACACAAACUCCACUGCUAGAGGCUUGUCAGCUUCUACAGAAACCCACACUACGGAGAAGACUGCUUGGGUUUCAGGGAUGUUUGCAUAGCAGUGUUGGAACACCUGCAUUUUGUAUUUCAUUCCUGAGCUCCCUUUCUCAUCUGUCCUCAUCACUGACUACAAGAUUUGAGUUCUUCUCUGGGCUUCUUAUCAGUUUCUUGC